AUGUCGUCACACCAACGGUCCUUCUCCCACUCCCAGACCGGGACGAAGGAGAAAACCUACUUCGAGCAGCAGCGGGAGGAGCUCAUCGGGGAGAUCGCAAUGAGCUUCGAGCACGUCCUCGCCAACAUCAACAAGCUGAACCGCUCCCUCGAGGCCGUCAUCACGGUCGGAAACGAGUUCUCCUCCGUCGAGGCCCUCUGGUCGCAGUUCGAAAACGUCAUGGCCAAGGAACAGGAACAGCAGACCAAGGAGGGCGAGGCACACGACCACGAGGGACAGGCGAAGAACGAGGAGAAGUCAUGA